UAAGAUUGACUAAAAUGAAAGUCACUCCAAAUUGAGUCAGCUUCUUUUUAGUAAUAACAUUACUUCCGUGAAUUUAUUCCCCUUUACAAAGAAAUGAAUUCGGAAUCAACUCAUUUGAAUUUCCAUCGAGUCCUCUUUCUGUCUCUCUAUGUUUUAAAACGAUCUUUGUUCAUAUGAUGACGAGGAAGUGAGAGUUGAUGGUAAAUUAAUAUAUGUAUUAGUGAUACAUAUAUCACUUUUGAGCACCCGUAGUAGUCGAAUGGCUAAAUCCAACAACUAUUGCUACGUUCCUGUUGUUAAUGGAGGAAAGAGGUUCAGUUGUUGAAAGCUGAACACUAUGAGAUAGUUAAUAACCUCUUAGGAUGGACAAUAUUUAAAUACUGAUAUUGCAAGCUUUCAGGAGAAGCUGCUUUUAGAAGAGUUUCAUUCCCGAAGAUAUUAAGAAUCUUUCAUCACCUCCACCACUACUACUAUUAUCAUCAUGAGUUAUGAAAGCGCAGAUGGUCAUGACAAAGAUUUCCCUGGGCUAUACCGGCCUUCCACAGGAAUUGAUUCUGCCUCAAUCGGUGAAGAUGACAAUGAGCGACAAAGCAAGAAGAAAGACACGGAUAAAAAGAAGAAAGAAAGCCGUAAGGAAAAGAAAGACAAAGGUUAUAUGAUGUUUGAAGAAGAAGAUUCUGAAGAGGAGCAACUAGUCAAUAUGGAAGACAUCAAGAGUCCUUCCAAAAUUAAAAGACCAACAUUUAGAUUUCCCAAGAAAGAUAUAUUUCCAAAAUCCAAAGAAAAGGUGAAUAAAAUAAACAAUGUAAUUUUCUGAUUGUAAAGAAUUGUUUUUGAUAU